AUGCGCCUUGAGACUCGAAUUCAAUCACUGCUUUUCCGAUUUCCAUUUUGCAGUUACUGCCGCCGAUCCUCCGCCACUGCUAGUGGUAGUAGUACGCGACUGCGCUCGAGAAUGGCGUCGAGUUCAAGAUCAAAGCUUGCGGCGGCGGUUGGGAAUAUUCCCAAGCUCCCGUGGGAGGUGGACUUAGUCGACGGCAUAGCCAACACUUGCUGGGUGAAGUUCAGCAAGGAGGCGACAUUCGCGCUCUACACUCCCUUCAUCGUCUCUUUGGCGUCGGGAAAUCUUAAGGUCGAGACGUUCAGACAGUGCGUCUCACAGGACGUUCAUUUCCUCAAGCCAUUUUCUCAAGCGUUUGAGUUAGCAGAAAGAUACGCAGACGAUGAUGAUAAGCAUUGGAUUAAUAAGUUGAGGAAGAUUACCAUAAAAAAGCUCAACUUGCAUGAUUAUUGUGUCCAGGAAUGGGGCUCUGAUGUGGUCAAAGAUACUACUCCGAAUCCAGCAACUUCUAAGUGCAAAAAUUUCUUGUUGGAUACAGUGUUGGGAAGGAUUGAUGGGAUCAAACCUCUUGCUAGAGGAUUCACUCCUUAUGAGAAAACCAAGUUGGCCGCUUAUAUCAUAGGCCUUAUCACAUCUUGCAUAAGGCUUAAUGCAUAUAUUGGCAAGGAGGUGCGGGGAGUUUUAUGCGAACAUCAUCCCUACAAGAAGUGGAUUGAGAAUUACUCCUCAGACACUUUCCAGGAUUUUUGUUUGCAAACAGAGGAGUGCCUGGAAAACUUAAGUGUGGCUUUGACUGGGGAGGAGAUUGGCAUCGUUGAAAGACUUUAUUGUCAAGGAAUUAAACAUGAGACAGAGUUUUUGUUAGCUCAGCCAGUUAUUGAGAAAGCUGUUGUACCCCUCUCAGGAGAGCAUAAUCGAGUGAUGAUAUUUUCGGAUUUUGAUUUGACAUGCACUUUUGUUGAUUCAUGUGCCAUCUUGGCAGAACUUGCAAUAGUAACAGCUCCAAAAUCAAAUCAAAGACGAACUGCACGUAUGAUAUUGUCUGAUCUAAGAAAAAAAUGGAAAGUUAUCUCCAAGAAGUACACAGAUGGGUAUGAGCAGUGUAUAGAGAAGUUGUUAUCUACUGAAUAUGCGGAGAAGUUGAACUAUGAAGGUCUGCGAAAAGCACUUGAGCAACUUUCAGAUUUUGAGAAAGAAGCAAAUUUAAGGGUGAUUAAAUCUGGUGUGCUUAAAGGUCUUAAACUGGAAAACAUAAGACGAGCUGGGGAGCUUUUGAAACUCCAAGACGGUUGUAUGGAUUUUUUCAAAACUAUAAAAAAGAAGAAGAAAAAUGUAAAUGCAGAUGUUCAUGUGAUCUCCUAUUGUUGGUGUGGUUACCUCAUUAGAUCUGCCUUUUUAACAGGGGGUUUAGAUGACCUAAAGGUGCAUGCGAAUGACUUAGAAUUUGAUAAAUCUUUGUCCACUGGUGGAAUUGUGAAGAAGGUGCAGUCCCCCAUUGACAAGGUUGAAGCUUUUGACAAAAUCCUCCUAGAGAGCAGCGGGAAAGGGAAUGACGAUAAGAAGAAAGUAGUGAGUGUUUACAUCGGAGAUGCAGUAGGGGACUUGCUUUGUUUGCUUAAAGCAGAUGUAGGGAUCGUGGUAGGUUCAAGCCCAAGUCUGAGAAGAGUGGGGAAGCAUUUUGGCGUUAGAUUUAUUCCACUCUUUAGUGGUGUGGUUGAGAAGCAGAGGGAAUGUGUGAAAGAGAUGGAGGCCGGAGAAGACACUUGGAAAGGCGGCUUGUCCGGCAUUCUUUACACAGCCUCAAGCUGGGCUGAGAUACACGCUUUUGUCUUUGGCUCUUAGAAGAAUACUAACCUCAUUCGAUUCCUUUCCGUUGACCAGAAUAAAUAUUUUCGACGAAAAAUAAAGAAUCCAACGGCUACCUAUGAGCAUUGGAUAUGAGUUGAGUUGCGACGGCCAUCACAUCACAAAAAUGCUUGAGAAUUUGAGAGAAUUAAUGUAAAAAAGUGGCGCAGAGCAGUGAAGAGAAGGGGCAUGGUAAGAUGGGGAGAGAGAUAGUUGGGAAGAUUCCGAUGAUGAAGACGAAGAACAGCAGAAAGAAUAGAAGAAGCCAUGGGGAUUUUUUAGAGGGAACCACAAGCCUUCUCUGCCACUAGAGCCUUUGCCAGUUUUUUUUUUUUUUUUUUUUUUUAUAGUUUUAUCAGUUUAUUU